CCUCCCAUUCCCAGCACAAGGCUCUGCCAGCCAAAAUAAAUCGCUGGUACCUUCCUGCCCUCAUUUAUCUGUUUGGCAGCACUUCACAGACGCCUUUGAGCCUCGCAGCAAUAAAAAAAAAAAUAAAAAUAAAAAGGAAAUAAAAUAUUGCUGAGCAACCCCCUGAUGGAAAAAGUCGACUGGAAACAGCUUGUUCAAUGCAGGGAGAUUUCUCCCUAUGGCCCCAGGUUGGAUCUCAGGCAGUGCCCUGGCUGCAGGAGGGUGGGGAGGAAACAGCACACGGAGUUUGGGAAGGGCAGGGAUGAAUCCAGCCCUGAUGUGCUGAAGCUCAAGUGGAAAAUCCCCGCUAGGAGGGAUGGAGGAGGGCUGGAUCCAUGUGCUGCCACUCCCAAGCUGCUCUUGGCCCCGUUUUCCCAGAGCUGGGGCUCACUUGGGUGGAAAAGCAGCAGGAUGGAGGUGCUGGAGCAUCCUGCAGCAGCUGCACACCUGGCAGGGAUCAGGAAUUUCCUCCCACCGCCAUCAGCAGGGCUGGAACAGCAGGAAUUGUGCAGGAAGGGGGUGGGAAGAGAUGGGAACAGCAGCCCAGGACAUUUUUGUUCAGGGUGGGAGCACCAGAGGGAAGGAUGUAUUUUAAAUGUAUUUUAAAUAAGAAUUCCAGAGGUGGAAGGACUGGAUUUCUCUAUAAUAAAUCACCUGUAAUGAUCUAUAAAUUAUCUGUAAUAAUUAUCUGUGCAACAACCACUUUGCUCUUCCCUUGGGCCUCACUUGUCCAUCACCCCCAUUCAAAUGGACAAUUCUUCCUUUACAGACAUUUGCCCUCAAAACCCUGGGAAUUUAAAAAAAAUAGGAGAAAUCUGGGCAGUGUGAACCCAGGGAGAUGCAAACUCCAACCCCCAAUUCCCACUUUUAGGAGUGGGAGUGGGGCUGUGCUUUUCCUGGAGGGUUCCAAAGCCCAUCAGGAGCCAGCUGUGGCUCCAGCUGCCCGUCCUGCCUCGUGCCCAUCCCUGCAAGUGCAGGCUCAGCAGCACCAAGAGCCAUUUCCAGCCCUGCAGGCUCCUCACUCCAUCCCUGGGGUGCUCCAAGGCAGGGCUGCACUCUCCUGGACACAAUCCCACCUGGGAAGCUGUGAUCCUGGAGGCUCCCAUGGACUCAUCCACAAUGCCCUGGUGUCACAUCAUGGUCUUCAUCUCCCUCUUCCUCCAGCUCUGCAGCUUCCCAGGCUCUGCUCCAGGAGUUCUGCUGGCUUUGGAGGGGCUGCCACAACGUCCAGGCUCCAUCCCAGCCCUGCCAGCCUGGCCAAGGACUCUGCUCCAGCCAUUCCAAACCUUCCUCCCACUCCCAGCACCUUGGAAAGGCCCAUUUCAGGAGGACAGGAGGAACAGGGAGGAGCUGAGUCAAGAUUUGGCCUCACCGCUGAAUCCAAGGGUUUGGACUCUGGGAAGGGGCUUGAGCCUGCAAAUGGAACUGAUGGCCCUGUUUUUAUAGGACAGAGCACAAUUCCCUUUUUCUUCUGUUGCCAGGCCUGAGAUGCAGCCCCAUUUUAUCAUCAGGAUUCUCCACAGGAAGCAGGAGCUGCAGAGCUCUGAUAACAUUGGAGGAAACCCUGGAAACAUUUAAAGGAUUGUUUUAGCCCCAGGCUUUGCCUCAAAUAAACCUGCUGAGCCUCUUCCUUACACACAACCCUUAACCACUGACCUUCAAAACAACCACCCCCAACCAGGCUUUUAUUCAGGCUUUUAUUCAGGCUUUUAUUCAGCCUCCAAAGAGCAAACACCAUCUUCCUACUGCUCCAGAAUCAAAGCCUGGAGCUCCCAGGGAUUAGCAAAGCCCGGGAUGAGGAGCAGAGCCUUUGGGACCUGCUUCCCUGAGAAGAAUCAGGGAAUAAAUAAGGGCUGAAGGCAGCAGUGCCCAGUUCCCUGCAGUGAGAGCCAGCUCCCACACUGAUGGCUCAGCAAAGCCCACCCAGCCCACAACAAAACCCUUUUUAUAAAGCUCCAGCUAAACCCAGCCCAAAGGCAGCAGCAGCUCCUUAUUUUGGGAAGGGUGUGUUUGGCAGAGCCAGUGGGUGAAGAUGAGCUGUGCCAGGCUGGGCCUUGCUGCAGGCAAACUCAGACCUUCCUUCUAAUUACAGACCUUUUAACUAAUUACAGGCUGAGCUUGCUGGGCUUGCAGAGGGACUCAUUUUGAUGCUUUCUCACCACGUUCAGCUCUGGGUUAAACUUGGCCUAUCCAAGGUGGACAAACAGGUGAGAAGGUGCUGCUCACA